AUGAACACCUUCCUGCUCUCUGCACUGUGCCUCCUUGGGGCCUGGGCCGCCCUAGCAGGGGGAGUCACCGUGAAGGAUGGAGAGUUCUCCUUUUCUCUGGAGUCAGUGAAGAAGCUCAAGGACCUCCAGCAGCUCCAGGAGCCUAGGAGGUCUAGAAAUACUGGUGGAUCCCUCGUUCCCAUCCUCUGUAGCUCCCUGAGGUUUCCCGAAGAACUCAAGCCUCUCUGCAAGGAGCCCAAUGCCCAGGAGAUCCUGGAGAGGCUCGAGGCCAUCGCCGAGGAUCCGAGCACGUGUGAGAUCUGUGCCUACGCUGCCUGUGCUGGAUGCUAGGACGGCGGGUGCUCGCUACCUUCUGUCCCUCCCCCGCAGGCCGCUCCCCCUCCUCGCAGCUCCACCUACCCAGAAUGGAGGAGUGACGAGAGGGCAGCCUGGGGAGG